AUGUGCUGCUGUCACUCUAGCUGUUGUCACUCUAGCUGUUGUCACUCUCGCUGCUGUCACUCUAGCUGCUGUCACUCUAGCUGCUGUCACUCUAGCUGCUGUCAUUCUAGCUACUGCCACUCUAGCUGCUGUCAUUCUAGCUACUGCCACUCUAGCUGCUGUCACUCUAGCUGCUGUCACUCUAGCUGCUGUCGCUCUCGCUGCUGUCACUCUAGCUGCUGUCACUCUAGCUGCCGUCCCUCUCGCUGCUGUCACUCUAGCUGCCAUCACUCUAGCUGCUGCACCUCUCGCUGCUGUCACUCUAGCUGCUGUCACUCUAGCUGCUGUCACUCUAGCUGCUGUCACUCUAGCUGUUGUCACUCUCGCUGCUGUCACUCUCGCUGCUGUCACUCUAGCUGCUGUCGCUCUAGCUGCUGUCGCUCUCGCUGCUGUCGCUCUCGCUGCUGUCACGCUAGCUGCUGUCACUCUAGCUGCUGUCACUCUAGCUGCUGUCACUCUAGC